GGGGUGUCAAUGUCCACACACAAAAAAAAAAUAAUAAUAAUGGUUGGCCACGACAAUUUCCUAGUAGUUCACCACAUCACUUACUCCACACACGGCUACCUUUAACUACUUUAACCAUUUUAGGGAUGCGCAGAGAUGCGCAGAGGGAAUGCAGGAGAGGCACACUCCCAGAGACUCACGCCCCACUGACGCUGACAUUUAGCAAAGGGUUUUAAAUCCUUACUGUCAUUCGCAAAGGACGGGAAAAGGAGUAGUGACAAGACUGAGAUCGAGGAGAAUGACUUUCAGACAAGUUGGACAGAUAACAUAUUAAGCUCUGCAACAUUAACGUCUGGUUAAACAUUAAAAAAAAAAAAGAAAAGAAAAGAAAAAGAAAGCGGAAAAAAAAUCACUUAAAAAUUCUGUCGCGGGGCUUUGCGGGUCUUGCUACCCAGAAGACAACCAAUUCCUGAGCGUUCCGCUCUGCUCACCCUUCUUUCCAGCUCCUCAUCCUCUCUCUCAUUUUCCUUUUUUUUUUUUUUUCUUUCCCACGCUCGCCUUGAACCGGGACCUAGAGAGGCAGAGAAGCAAGACACCGGUUUCCUUCCUCCUCUCCUCCACCAAACCACCGCAGCCAGGCGCGUGAAGCUUUCCUUUGUUCAUCGAGGCUCGCUCUCCUCCCCGGCAGACCCACCUAGAUGUUCUCCCUCGGUGACAUUUUGCGCCGGGGCUGGUGGGUGGCUGGGGUGGAGCGAGAGGAGCCCAAGGGGGAGGGGGCGGAGAAAGGUCAAGCCGAGGGAAAGGCAGGGGCCGCCUUUCCUACCCUGAGUGGCGGGGCGGGCGCGCGGUUAUUUAUUUAUUUUCGCCGGAUUUAUUGACCGCACGAGCAGAGCGACAGGAGCUGCAGGACCACCCACUGGCGGGGAAGCAGCGAGCAGCCCUCCCGCGCCCCCGCGCUGCAGAGCGCCUCCUGCCUCCACGCUCCAGAGAUUGCCCGCGCCGGCCGGGGGCCCGGCCCCUCCGCGCCGCCGCCGCCCGCCCGCCCGCCCGCCCGCCCGCUCCGCAGCCCCGCAGCCCCGCAGCCCCGCACCGCACCGCUCCGGCCCCGGCUCCAGUGGCGGCGCAGUAAGUUGGCUGGAGCGAGUCCCCUCUGUUCUCGCCUCCCCCGCACCUUUUGAACUUGUUGCUGCUGCUCGCCUGCGCCUGUUUUUUUUUUUUUUUUUUGGAAGGUGAAAAGGAGGAGGGGAGCACGGAGGAAGGGGGAAGGGGAGAGGGGAUAAGAGCUCGCAGGAGCUUUAUUUAUGCUCCCUCCGCUCAUCGGAUUCAGCUGCUCGCGAGCUGCUUUCUCAGCUUUUCCCUUUCCGGGUGCAUCGGCAGGAGAAAGUCUCUAUGCAACUCAGCCCUGGCGCGCACUUUGCCAGGUAUGUGCCUCGGCCGAGGCGCGUUCAGCGCGGAGGCUGAUGCUGCUGUCGCGGUGGCGGCAGCUGCCAGCUCCUGGGCUUUGUAACUGUCACUCUGCACCUGAGCUGAACUUGAAAAGAGAGUGAAGGGACGAUUAGGCUAACACUUCUGGCAGACACUGGGGCUGCUUCAAGACGUGGGAGGAGGUGAGGGAAGGAUCUAGAUUAACACCUCCCACCGUGCCCACCGCUCAGCAUCUCUAUCUCUGCAAAUAAGGCACAGGGAGUAGAAGCUGCGACUGGACGCCCCCGGAGACGUGGGGCAGCGUCUGUGCAUCUCGGAAACUACAACAACAGGUCGUUUUUCUGAGACUCCUUUGGCGGGAAGGACCACUUGGAAGAAGGAGGUUUGAAAGAGCUGAUCUGGAAGGUGAAAGGAUUCCUGGAUUCCUCAAAGGAAUACCACUGAGUGAUCAUCCUUAGUCUUCUCUAUGCUGUACGACCCGUAUUGACCCCAUAUUUCACAAACUGUCUCGGGGAGAAGUCAGAGACACCUGUUUGAAGAACUGCUGCAUCUAUUGUCACCUGUUGUAGUUUGUGUGUGUAGUGUGUGUGUCCUGAUGACCUGAUCCAACUGCUGGAAGAGGUUUGAUUAGAUUCUAUUUGGGUUUCAUUGUUAGAAUAUUGUGCAUUUACCAUCACCUCUACCUCCUGCUAUCCCAUUUACCUGUCUUUGUGGGAAACUUAUUAUUCUGAAAACUGUGACUUCACUGGGAGCCCUACCUUGGAAUACCAGUGAAAGUUCUGGAGCACGGAUUGUGGCAAGUUCAUUUGGCCCACUGUAGAGACCCGACUACCCAUCUUGCUUCUAUUUCAAACAAACAUGGCGGCAGGGGUAGCAGCAUGGUUGCCCUUUGCAAGGGCAGCCGCCAUUGGGUGGAUGCCUGUGGCCUCAGGGCCCAUGCCAGCUCCUCCAAGGCAGGAGAGGAAAAGGACUCAAGAUGCUCUCAUUGUGCUGAAUGUGAGUGGCACUCGUUUCCAGACAUGGCAGGACACCCUGGAACGUUACCCAGACACUCUACUGGGUAGUUCUGAGAGAGAUUUUUUCUACCACCCAGAGACUCAGCAGUAUUUCUUUGACCGCGACCCAGACAUCUUCCGCCAUAUUCUGAAUUUUUACCGCACUGGGAAGCUCCACUAUCCUCGCCAUGAGUGCAUCUCUGCUUAUGAUGAAGAACUGGCCUUCUUUGGCCUCAUCCCAGAAAUUAUUGGCGACUGCUGUUAUGAGGAGUACAAGGACCGCAGGCGAGAGAACGCCGAGCGUCUACAGGAUGAUGCAGACACUGACAACACCGGGGAGAGUGCACUGCCCACCAUGACUGCUCGACAGAGGGUCUGGAGGGCAUUUGAGAACCCCCACACCAGCACAAUGGCCCUGGUAUUCUACUAUGUGACCGGCUUCUUCAUUGCUGUCUCCGUCAUCGCCAAUGUGGUUGAGACAGUGCCAUGUGGGUCAAGCCCAGGUCAUGUCAAAGAACUGCCCUGUGGAGAACGAUAUGCAGUGGCCUUCUUUUGCUUGGACACAGCCUGCGUCAUGAUCUUCACCGUUGAGUACUUGCUUCGCCUGGCUGCAGCGCCUAGUCGUUACCGUUUUGUGCGUAGUGUUAUGAGUAUCAUAGACGUGGUCGCUAUCCUGCCUUAUUAUAUUGGGUUGGUGAUGACAGACAAUGAGGAUGUCAGUGGAGCCUUUGUGACCCUCCGAGUCUUCCGGGUCUUCCGGAUCUUUAAAUUUUCCCGCCACUCGCAAGGCCUGCGCAUCCUGGGGUACACUCUGAAGAGUUGUGCCUCAGAAUUGGGCUUCUUGCUCUUCUCGCUCACCAUGGCUAUCAUCAUUUUUGCUACAGUGAUGUUCUACGCAGAGAAGGGGUCUUCCGCCAGCAAGUUCACCAGCAUCCCUGCUGCUUUCUGGUAUACCAUUGUCACCAUGACGACUCUAGGGUAGGUACCAUCAGGGGAAGU